UUUCGUUACGUCUCCACUCAUCGCCCGUCUGUCUAAUCUACAGACGGUAGCCGGCCAUAUAGCCACAGCGAAAAAGUUUUGCAGUUGAUGUUGACAACACAAAAAGAACUAUUUGUGUUAGGUUAUGUUUAUGUCUGUGUAAGUAAAGUGGAGAAUGAUAAGGGUUGUAAAAACUUAUUUGGGUUCUAUAAUAAGUUUUGUUUUAAAAUUAUCAAUACAAGGCUAGGUUAUAAGUCUGUGUGCUUCAUAAAAAUAUAGGAAUACAUUUAUAAUAUGAUUUAGGAAGAAACAAAACUAAAUUUCUGGUGUUAUUGAAGAAUGACGUCCUCUACAUGGAGAGAUAUGGACUAAAUCUGAUAUUUAGUGUACUGAUUCCUAUUACCCAUUAGUUCAAAGAGUUGAAAAUGGACGGAUACGGUCGUUAUGGAGCAGCCGAAGAUGAUUGGAAAUUUUCAAACUCAACUGUGAUAGACUAUCAUCAUCAGCCUCCUCCCUCCAGUGGUCCUGCAGCCUGGCAGGGUUCUGGUAGGGUGGAGGAUGCGGAUGAUUUCAAUCAAAAGCUUUACAUGCAACUGCAGGUCUUAUCUGGUAAAAUCACUCAGGAUCAAUUGACGUCUCAGCUACCGCAAAUAGUGGAUCAGCCUGACAGUAAGAAGUUAGAACCUGCAGAGUCAAUUGGGAUGUGGACACCUGCAAUGUGUGUCCAGGAAACUACGCCUUUUCCUGCAACACAGAAUACUGGACUAGAUGGCACAGAUGAUAUGGACAUUUCAGAUGAUGAGACCACAUCCCAAAACAAAACAAAGACAUCCAUAGUAGACGUAGAUCCUGUAGAGAAGAACAAUUCAGACAUAGGUUCGCCAGUGUCUCUGAGAAGAAACAUUGAAGUGACAUCAGGAGCAGCAUUUUAUAAAGGCUUAAUUCUUUAUAUCCCACCAUUUGAGCAGUUGUCAAACACUUAUAGAGGGUCACCAGCAGUAAAAAUGCUUUAUGCGUCCUUUGAGUUCAGUUUUGGAAUACCUGUCAAAAUAACAACAAGCCCCAGAAAAAAUUCUCCCGAUGUAAUGGAUGCUACAGUUUAUUUCCAAAACAAUAUCUUAGCGACUGGGUCAGGUUGGGCUCCUCACGUUGAGGCAAGUGUUCGAGCACUGGAACUCCUGAGCGAGACGUGCUACACAAUACAGGCAAAAGGGGAUUAUUUUCAAAGAUGCAAACUUCUUGAUGCUGAAAACAUGAAGACACUUAAUCUAAAAAAGUGGGAGGCAGUAAGCCAAAAAUAUCCAAAACUUAUUGAUAUUACCAAAGAAAGUCAUAUCCAGAAGACAUUUGCUGUAUUUUUGGAUAAUCAUACAAGCUCUGGAGUUUAUGAAGAUAUGGUCUGUUAUAAUCUCACAAAUCAAGAUGUGAAUAACAUCAAAUGUGUGGUUGAGUUCUUCCAUCUAACAAUGCUGCCUUGUGCUGUGUCCACAAGUCUGUCUAAGAAGCACACUCCAUGUGUUGUGUCUAUACAUAAAUACAAAUCUGCCCAAGCUUUGUUAGAAAUUAUGUUUUCAAUGUUUGCAGUGUGGUUGAGUUCUUCCAUGUAACAAUGCUGCCUUGUGCUGUGUCCACAAGUCUGUCUAAGAAGCACACUCCAUGUGUUGUGUCUAUACAUAAAUACAAAUCUGCCCAAGCUUUGUUAGAAAUUAUGUUUUCAAUGUUUGCAGUGUGGUUGAGUUCUUCCAUCUAACAAUGCUGCCUUGUGCUGUGUCCACAAGUCUGUCUAAGAAGCACACUCCAUGUGUUGUGUCUAUACAUAAAUACAAAUCUGCCCAAGCUUUGUUAGAAAUCCUUGUUGAGUGUGGAGGAGAGAAUGAUAACUUUAAGCUCCAUCCUCCUGAUACGUUUAGAGAUUUUUACAAGCUUCACCAAAAUUAUUGGGAUCCAUCACAAAAGGAUCUUAACAGCAAAACCAAUGUGGAGGAGUCAAACACAACAUUAGAUGAUGAAGACUUGCAGAUACUUAUCAUGAAACCGUACAAAAAUACAAUAACAGAAUUAUUUGAAAAGCACAAAAUCUUACCAAAAACAGAUAAAUCAACAGAAGACUUUUUGAGAAAAGCAGGUGAUGACUUUAUGAAAGACACUUUGAAAAUCGAUAUGGCACACAGCAAGAAUAAAGCCCCUGUAGAAAGAAUGCAGCUCUUAUUGAAAUACAUGGAGCAGUUACAAGAGUAUGGAAGCCGUGUCUUGGAUUCUGGCCGGUCAGAAAUGAUCAAAAUCUAUUACAAUGCUAUAGAUAAUUUAAGAAAAGAUCUUGAAGAUUGUAGAAAAGAUAUGGAAAAAGAGCAAAAAUCCAAGGAAUUAAAUCCUAAUGUGAUAGGUCGAAAUAUUAAAACUCUAUCCCCACCUCGAAAGAAAUCACCAUUAAGGAGAAGGUCACCAUUACGAAGAAGUGAAAAAUCUCCAGUCAGGCGAAGAAUUGUAGUUUCUCCUAAAAGGAGACCAAGAUCUCGUACUCCUGUACGGAAUGAUAGGUUAAGAAGGUCUCCUUCUCCAAGGCGGAGACAAAGAUCUAAAUCACCAAGAAGAAGAGACUGUUCACCUCCGAGAAGGGAUCAUUCUCCAAGAAGGUAUCGUUCUCCAAGAAGGGAUCAUUCUCCAAGAAGGGAUCGUUCUCCAAGAAGGGAUCGCUCUCCAAGAAGGGAUCAUUCUUUUAGAAAUGUCUCACCACCAACCAGCCGUUUCAGAUCUCCAAGACAUUCAUCUGUGCCUCAUGAAGAAAAUAUGUCCGUUACAAUUUUCAAAGACCAAUUCAAAAGAUUUGUUGAUAUGCUACGGAGAUUCCGCAUUGAAAUAGAGGAUACACCUAUUGAGAGAAGGCCUUCCUUGAAAGAUAGAUUACAAAAGUGCAAUGACCAGUUAAACAAAUUUUUUACUAUUGCAAGAGGAAACAUGGCAGAACUAGGAGGUUACAUUGAUGAAAUUGAUGUAUUAAAGGAAGAACUAAUUGUGCAAGAGAACAUGGUGGCUGGUAAACCUGGACCGUACGACAUUUCUCAAAACGUAAAUCCCCCGUCAUGGAGAAAUGUGAUUCAACCAGUACCAUUACAGACUUCAUAUCCUUUGCCAUAUGGAGCCCGUAUCCCCCCUCCACCUGGUUUAUAUGGUAGUGCAGUGUCAACAAUCUAUCCAUACAACAAUCCAUGAAACAAAUUUGAUAUAAGUGAAAAUUACUGAGGUCAAGCUAAAAAUAAAACAAAUUUGGAGAAAAUUCCUUUCACUUAUCUGUCAAUCGUUUUUAAUAUUUUUGCUAUGUCUUUUAGGGAGGAAAGUAUUUAUUCAAAAUACAUCAAAAUUUAGUAAUACAAUUGUAAACUAGCUUUUUUGAAAGGAACAUAUGUUUUAUCAAAUAACUAUGAGGAUUAGUAUUGUUUUUUUUUUUUUAGUUAACAUAUUUAGAGGAAAAUUUAUGUAAGUUAUGAAGGUACACAAUUUACCUUUUUAACCUAAUUUAGUAUUUAUGAUUUAGCAACAGGCUAUAUUUUUGAAAUUAAGUAGAGUAUGGAUUCAAUUAUUUUAAGUGAUUAUUUUAUAGCUAAAUACAAUAAUCAGUUUUAUAACAAAGUAAUUGAAUGUAUUAAAUGAGCAUUCGUUUUGUAAUGCUUGCAUUUUUAAGUAUAAAAUGAUUUCUUAUAUUGUUUAUUAUUUGUGUAAUUUUUGUAUGAUGAAGUCAAGUGUUCAUUUAAACAAGAUAUAGAAUGAAAUAAGCUUUGAUUUAGUUCUUGAAGUAUGUGAGAUAUCGGAGGAUUUAAUAAAGUCAUUAGUUAUAUAAAAUUUGUUUAGUUUGAAAUUGUAUUUUCGUUAAUUGUUGUAAGAUGUAUGUGAGAUCUCAGAUAUCAGAGUAAGUAUGAAUAAGAACAUUCAAUUAUUCCAUUUGGAAUAAGUACAUAUAUCAAGUCUUUAAAAUAUAUUUGAAAUAUCAAAUAUAUUUCAUGAAAAACUAAAA